GAAAACCAACAUUAUAGUUUUCAUCUCUCUCUUUUUCUUCCUUUCUUUCUUUUGUUCAUUGUGUUGGGGGGAUUAAGAAAAUCAACAUUUUCACCCUCCAAUAGCCCUCUCUCAGGCUUCAAUCCCACAGGUUCAUUGAAAAAUGUACAUGUACCAAGGGAAUUGAGGGAGGGCAAGGAAAUUGCAUGAAACAUAUAUAUUGGAAAGAAGAAAACAAAAAAUGGGUGUGAUUUCCAGGACAAUUAUUCCUUCGUGUGGAGAACUCUGUUUUUGUUGCCCUGCUCUGCGCCCAAGGUCACGCCAACCCAUUAGGCGCUAUAAGAAGUUGCUCAGCGAUAUCUUUCCCAAGUCUCCGGCUGAAGAACCCAAUGAGAGGAGAAUCGGUAAAUUAUGUGAAUAUGCUGCCAAAAAUCCUCUACGUAUCCCAAAGAUCACGACUUCACUUGAGCAAAGGUUUUAUCGAGAAUUGAGAAAUCAGAACUUUCGCAAUGUAAAAGUUGUCAUUUUAGUCUAUCGGAAGUUGAUAAUAUCUUGUAAGCAGCAAAUGCCAUUAUUUGCAGGCAGCUUGCUUAGCAUCAUUCACAUUUUGCUAGAUCAAACUAGUAAUGAAGAAAUGCGGAUAAUUGGAUGUGAAGCCCUUUUUGACUUUGUAAAUAAUCAGCGGGAUAGUACUUAUAUGUUCAACUUUGAAGGCUUGAUUCCAAAAAUUUGUCUUCUAGCUCAAGAGAUGGGUGACAAUGAAAAGGUCCAGCAGAUGCGAUGUGCAGGGAUUCAAGCACUCUCUUCAAUGAUAUGGUUCAUGGGUGAAUUCUCUCAUAUGUCAGCCGAGUUUGAUAAUGUUGUUUCUGUUGUCCUCGAAAACUGUGAGGAGAAGUCAGAUAAUCUUGCUCAAAAUAAUCAAGAUACUCAGAAUAAUAAAAAACAAUCUACAGCUAUCAUGUCAAAGAGUACUUCUUGGAAGAACGUUGUAAACGAGCAGGGUGAUAUUAAUGUGACAGCCGAAGAUGCUAGUAGUCCAACAUUUUGGGCUAGAGUAUGUUUGCAUAACAUGGCAAAGUUAGCUAAGGAGGCUACAACCGUACGACGUGUUUUAGAAUCUUUGUUCCGCUAUUUUGAUGAUAACAACCUCUGGGAUCCUGAACGUGGACUUGCCCGUUCAGUAUUAGUAGACAUGCAAUACAUAAUGGAAAAAUCAGGUCAAAACACACACUUCUUGUUAUCCACCUUAAUUAAGCACCUUGAUCACAAGAAUGUACUAAAAAGCCCCGAGAUGCAAGUAGAAAUUGUGGUUGUUGCUACAUCGCUCGCCCAGACAACAAAAAGUCAAUCAACUGUGACUAUAGUUGGUGCAUUUAGUGAUAUGAUGAGACACCUUCGGAAAAGCAUACAUUGCUCAAUUAAUGACUCAAACUUGGGUGAAGAAGUCAUAAAAUGGAAUAGGAGAUUCCAAGAAGCCGUUCAUGAGUGUCUUGUACAAAUGUCGCAUAAGGUUGGAGAUGCUGGACCUAUUCUAGAAGUUAUGGCUGUGAUGUUGGAAAGCAUCUCAAAUGUUACAAUUAUGGCUAGAAACACUAUGGCUGCUGUUUAUCGUACUGCUCAAAUUGUUGCUUCCUUGCCAAACGUUUCAGAUGAGAAGAAAGGAAAGGCUUUCCCAGAGGCCUUGUUCCAUCAGUUGCUUUUAGCAAUGGUUUCUCCUGACUAUGAAACUAGGGUUGGUGCACAUCGUGUAUUUUCUGUUGUACUUGUCCCCUCGUCUGUCUGUCCUCGUCCAUCCUCCACUAGUAUACACUCAAGAAAGACACGGGAUAUUCAGAGGACAUUAUCAAGAACUGCCUCCGUUUUUUCUUCUUCAGCUGCACUAUUCAAGAAGCUGGGGAAGGAACAGGAGAAAAAGAAUGAUAAUUCAAAUGACGAGAUUACAAGGAACGACAAUCCAUCCAUAUUGAACCGGCUGACAUCAUCGUAUAGUCGAGCUUAUAGUAUGAAAAGACAGUCAUCACCAGAAGAGAAUAACAAUAGUACAUCGGAACAACAUUUAGAGGGCAUAUCUCUCAAGUUAAGUUCGAGGCAGAUUAGCCUUCUUCUCUCUUCAAUUUUAUUUCAAGCUAUAUCUCCUUCAAAUAUGGUUGAAAACUAUGAAGCGAUCGCCCAUACCUUUAGUUUGGUGACGCUAUUUUCCAGAACCAAGAAUUCAAGCCAGGAUACUCUUAUCCGUGGUUUUCAGCUCGCACUUUCCUUGCAAAGCAUUUCUCUUGGGGAUCGAGUGCCACUACAGCCAUCACGACGAAGAUCACUAUUCAACUUGGCCACCUCUAUGAUAAUAUUUUUGGCAAAAGCCUACAAUAUCAUCCCUCUCAUUCCUGCUGCUAAAUCUGCUCUAACAAGUGAAACUGUUGAUCCCUUUCUUAAAUUGGUAGAUGACUCUAAGUUACAAGCUGUAAAGAAUGAGUUUGGUAAAUCUGGAAAAGUUUAUGCGUCAAAAGAAGAUGAUGAAGAUGCCUUGAAGUCACUUUCAUCUAUAAAAAGAGGUGUGGACCAGUCUAGAGAAUCCUUCGCGUCAAUUGUAAUAAAGAAUUUGGGAACUUCAUCAGAUUCAGAGGCUUUAACUGUAAAAGAGCAGUUACUUAAAGAUUUUCUUCCAGAUGAUACUUGCCCAUUAGGAGCCCAAAUAUUUGCAGAUUCCCCUGGGCUGAUCUACCAGAACGACUCAAACGCCAAUAAAUCUAUUGCUCAGGCUGAGCAACCACUAUUCACUAUAGAUGACGAAUUCCUUCCCGAUUCUACUGGAAGUCAAUCUAGUUCUGGUGUGAGGGCAAGUCCUGAGCUUCCAAGUCUUUUGAGUGUAAAUCAACUCCUAGAUUCGGUUCCAGAGACAACGAAUCAAGUUGUACGGAUGUCAGUUUCGGCGCCACAAGAUAUGCCUUACAAGGACAUAGCUAACCACUGCGAGAACCUUCAGAUAGGAAAGCACAAAAAAAUGUCAGGUUUAUCAAGUGGUCAUCAAAAUAAUGAAGGAUUCUUAAUCGACUUCUCAGAAGAUCACAAACAAGAAACAACUAUUGUAACAUAUCCUCAAACACAUCAUAAUACCUCUCGGGCUGGCAAUCCAUUUGUUGAUUCAAGUUCUAAUGAGAUUUCUCAGCUUCAAAAUGCUUCCUCUCUAGUGCCAUUUGCAGCCGUGUAUCAACAUUAUCCCAACUCAUUCAGAUUACCUGCUUCAAGCCCAUAUGAUAACUUUCUCAAGGCUGCUGGUAGUUAGUGAUCUUACUCAAGGAAGUCAUUAGAAAGGUGUAUAUUGCAGUGGCCUUAAGUAUGUAAAGGUUAUGGGUGCUUUAGUUUUAUCGAUCCUUUUCUCGACGUAAGUUUUCAACAAUUUUGACUUGUUUGGUUCGCGGUAGAGAGAUCGAGUUGUUUGGUUCGCUGUGGAGAGAUCAAGCUGCAAUCAAGAAUCGGGUUAAGAUGAUAUUCAUUUGAGGUAUCAUUAUUAAUAUCAUGUGUUGACUGAGUGCCGGAAUGAAUUUUUUUGAUUUAAAAAAUUUUGAAUCACUAAUUUAAUUUAAUUCAAAAUACUAAUUUAAUCAUUAUUUUGA